UAUCCUGAAUACGAAUUACUCCGUAAUAAACUCCAAAUACGACGCAGUUUAGUUAUUUUCUUUGUAUACCUUUCUAUCAAAUCAAGUAACGUUAAAAACACACAAAAAUCACUUUCAUUCCUGGGAUCUAUUCUGGGCAUCUCCUUGUAAAUCCUGGUUGAAACAUCUUAAACCUCCCACCCUUUUUUCGAAUACGACAUUCAAACAUCAACCCCUUUUAAUAAUUUAUACUAUUGUCGGUUUUAUUCUUCAAUUUUAAAGGAAUUCAGGUAGUACAUCAGAGGUUAUCAGAAAGGAGACCAUAAACUUGUCAUGGCUAUUGUAGCACCUGUAUAUGACAGGGAGAAUUUCUACUCCAUAGGACCAUUGCACCUUACAGUUGUUGAUUGGGAUAAUGAACAUCACCGGAGGUCUGUUGCUGCAUCCCUUGUUGCUGGGGUCUAUAUCCUUGAGCGAGACCGCCAAGAAAACCGCGAUGCCAAGCAUGCUCUUGCAUCCCCUUGGUGGGAGUUCUUCAAUUUCCGCCUCGUCAGACAGCUUGUUGAUGAUGUCGAUCACUCAAUAUUUGGAGCCAUAUAUGAAUAUGAAUUGAAAACAUCCUCAUCGGAAAAAUCAAAGGAAGUAAUCCCUCAUUACGUGAUCGCUUUUAGAGGCACCUUAACCAGCCGAGACAGUGUAACACGUGACAUUGAACUGGACCUUCAUAUCCUUCGCCAAGGGCUUCACAAAGCAACUCGUUCAAGAAUCGCAGUCCAAGCUGUAAGAGACACGGUAGCCUCUUCUCAACAUCGCAACGUUUGGUUGGCAGGCCAUUCUCUAGGAGCCGCCAUGGCCAUCCUUGCGGGAAAGGAGAUGGCCGUGAUGGGAACCUUCCUCACAACUUUCCUCUUCAACCCACCAUUCAUUUCGGCCCCAAUAGAACAAAUUAAGCACGAGGGAGUCAAACAUGGGAUUCGAGUUGCUGGCAGCGUGAUAACUGCCGGACUUGCGUUUGCCAUGGCUGUGAAGCAGCCUCAGCAGAAGAAUCGUUCAGUAGAAACUUUUUCUUCUUUAGCAACAUGGGUCCCAAACCUAUAUGUACAUCCUGCUGAUCAUAUAUGUUCGGAAUAUAUUGGGUAUUUUCAGCACAGGGAAAAGAUGGAAAAGCUUGGGGUGGGGCAGAUUGAAAAAAUGGCCACUCAGCAUUCCCUCGGGGGUCUUUUGAUGACAGCAUUCGGUAAAGAGGCAGAGCCAGUUCAUCUCCUUCCCUCAGCUUGCUUAACAAUCAACUUGGCGGCUGCUCCAGAUUUGAAGAAAGCCCAUGCUCUGCAGCAGUGGUGGCAACCUGAAUCACAGGUGAAUUUCAAGACUUGUGCCUAUCUGUAUAGCUAGUGUUCCUGGGUCUGGAGAUUGGAGUCUUUCUUAGGGGUUUUCCUUAUUUUGUAUUGAAUCUGCAUUCAUUGACAUUGAAUGGGAGUAGUAGUGGUCUAGUGGAGUGGUUGUGUUGUAUUUAAUCAGAGGAAAAGAUUGGUUGGUUCUAAUUUUUUACACUGGAGAUGUUCUAAUAUGUAAGUUUAUGGUUGUAAGCUUGUAUUUUGUCGUUGUUGGAUGCUUGCGCACCCCCGAGUCCAAAUCAAAAUUUCAAACCUUGUAUCAGUAUAUCACUCUGAUUUUCGGUAUAAAUGGAACACUUCACGUGCACUAAUACUUAGUUAUUGACUUA